AAUAUUAAAUUGAUGGACUUUUUCUCUCCUAUUUACACAAAGCCAUGGUCGAAUCAAACUAAGCCUUCUCUUUCUUUCUCUUUUACAGCUUUAGAGAAAGUGAGUCGCACCUAUAAAAAAAAACCAAGCGCACACCCAAUAUCACCAUGCAAAGAUAGGGUUUUAUGUUUUUUUAUAUCAUCUAUCUCUUUCUCCUAUGACACAAAAUAUAUAACCAUAUAUAAAAAGAAUUGCAUAUGGGUAUUAUAAGUUAUAGUUAUUUUGUUCCAAGGUUCCUCCUUGGAGCACUCUUGGUGAUGGGGCUUGUUUGUCUUAUAGUAGUUGGAAGCAUAGAAAGUGGCGUUAGAAAGGGAACUACAGUAUCAAAGCAUUCAGCAGGAAAUGAUCUGAAGCAGAAACAUGUGAUAGGGAGUGAUAAGCCUAACCGUGCAGAGUUGGAUAUCACCUUCAUCACCAAAUCAAGAGUUCCCAAUGGACCAGAUCCAAUUCAUAACAGGAGAGUUAGAAAUUCUGGCCGACCUCCUAGUCAAACCUAGACAAAUGGGAAUUAAUUCGACAAGCUUCAACAAUCUUGCAGAAAAUGAUGACAUUUAAUGUCAGCCAUGUACCAUAUAAUACUAACGAGAACCCUUGAGCUUCUUAUAAUUCAAGAAUGCAUGCAAGAGCUAUAUCAAUUUGCACAAAUUGAGUGCCUAUUUGUCUUUGCAUCAAGUGUAUCAGAAUGUAGAUUAAUAAGAAGCUAACAAUACUUGCUUCUUCGUCAAUUUCGUAAUUUGAAUGUGGACUUGCUAGAAAACAUAGAUCGUUGAUGAUCCAAACACGCAUUGAGAGUGAGACUAAAGAGUGAAAAAAUAAAUAAAUAAUAAUAAUAAUAAUUACAUGUGGAUACUUCUAUAUACCACAUCAACUAUUAUAAUAAUAAAGUUAACUUCAAGGAGGAGUGCUAACACAUUAAAAUAUAAGAGAGGUUGAUUUAGUUAAAAAAGAACUAAAAAUA